AUGGCAGACCGUCGAGGUCGUCCUAACACAAGGUUGACGUCGCAAAAUGACGUUAAUAACCCAGUAAACUGGUCGAAAACCGAGAUUCAAAGGAAACUACAAAAGCUAGGCAUAGUGGUGCCUACUAGCAUUAGUAAACCUGAGUUGAUUAAAAUUUACCAGAUGAACAAGAACGUUGUCAGACCUGCAGAACACACAACUAUAACCACAAAAACUGAAUCUGUGCCAAAGGUAAAAAAGUUGACAGGGCAGAAGGGUCAGCAUUAUUUUUCUGGUGCGGAUGGCGCUCGUGGGACGCCUGAACAGAGUGAGCACACUGUAGUCGGGCCAAGAGGCAUUGAGGCGUGCUCGUCUUCAUCUUCUAUGGAUCGCAUCAAGACUGCAGGCACACUACAACGACGUAGAACAGGAACAAGAGGUAGCACCGUCUUAGCAACGUCGACGAUACCAACGCCAUAUUUAUACAACAGGAUGCAACCAGCGGUGAAGACGGCCAGAUACACGGACAGCAAUGCAAAAGAUUCGCCUACUGUCAAAAUACCUGAAAAAAACUACACUGCCAUAAUCGGAGAACAAGUGAAGCUGGAGUGUUCUAUAUCUGAAACUCCGUCGAUUACAACAGUUUCCUGGCAUCGUAUUUUACCCGAGGGUCGAACCGUAAAACUGGAUAUUGACGAGAUAAAAUAUGCAGGAUCAAAUCCGAAUGACCCACACUUAGUAAUCGACGACAUCAAGAAAGAUGACGAAGGCGACUAUGUUUGUACCGUCUCAAACGUGUAUGGGAAAAGGCAGAGUGCACCUACUAGUAAGCUGAAAGUAAAAGGAGGUCCUCCAACACUAAAUAUGAACUUGACAGAGAACCAUAAAACUGAAGGAGAGGCUGCUGUUUUAAAAUGCUAUAUCUAUGCGAAACCACAAGCAUCUGCUAUAACAUGGUCCAAAGAUGAAGAAGGAAGUGGACGUGAAAUUGCAAUUGACAAUAUUAAAUACUUUGGUGGUACAGUGGAUUCUCCCGCGCUGGUAAUAGAACGAACUGAAAAACUGAAUGACGAGGGUAAAUAUAUUUGUGAAGCAGACAAUAUUGCAGGAUCUGGAAGCAAUUCUGUGCUCUUGACAAUAAAUAGUAAAACUGCAAAUACCGUAACAAUUGCUGACGCAACAACUCUAAACCAAGACAUUUCUGAAGCACAACAGGAAAAGAUUAAAACUUGUCAUUCAGAGAUGGUGAUCAAGUUAGCUGAGAAUAUCUUUCCAGCUGCUGAGUGUUGGCCAGCUUUUAAACAAUCUAUGUCUACAUAUUUAAAUCGGGUAGACCUUGAAAACGAAAACCUUUACAAAUACGUGGACAAACUUCUAGUUAUGGAGCACAUUCAUCUCGGCCAAUAUGACAGAUUAUAUGACGUUGUUCACAAAAUACAUAAACAGGCCUCCCACAUUAUUAAAAAUGCGGAAUCAGAAAUUCAGAAAAUAAAAAAAGGAGGGAGGCAAAAGGAAACAGCUGUCCAAGUCGAAUGCAAGUUAGAGGGUGAUUUCGAAAAAGAUAAAAAAAUACCAGAAAGAUGUACGUCUCAAGUCAAAGAGCAGUGCCCAGAGAUGAAAGACAGAAUAACAGGAUUAGGUGGUUCAGGAUGUAUUUACCUAAAGUUUACAAUCAGCGAGGCGAAGACGCCACACCAACUGUCUGCAUUGCACCUGGCGGUGACGCUGAAGACAAGACUAGAAAACGGACAGAUUGUACUGAAGGAUGAGGCAGACGUAUCUCUAGUAUUUAAGACUUCACCGAGAGUAAUGAUACCAACGGAGAAUCCCACAGAUAUGCCAACAUUACGUUUAAGUAGAGGACACUACAACUUUACUGAAGGAAAAGUGGCCAUUUUGAAAUGUGUUGUGGUCGUCACAGAGGAAACCGAAUCUAUCCAGUGGAUCAGGGUAAAGGAUGGAAAGUGUCACGCUAUUCGUAAUGACAACGAAAAGUAUUUUGGUGGGUCACCGAAAUCUCCAUCACUUGCUAUCGCUGAUGUAAAGAAAUCUGACAGAGGAAUAUAUUUAUGUAGGGCAAGGAAUAGAGCAGAUGAAGUGGAAAGUGAUUUUGCUUUUGUCGAAAUCAAUUGUAUUGAUGCAUGCAGUAUACGGAAGGAGAUUUUGAGUGCUGUGAAUGAGGAAGAAUCAAGUAUUGGUCGGAAAGAUAACUCUGACAUGAGAGAUGAUGGCAUUACCAUGGAGGAGGAAAUUAAAUCAAUGAAGGAGGAUAUCCGUACAAUGAAACAGGAUAUUGCCACUAUUAGGCAGAUUGUCAGUGCUGUGAAGACAGAAUCUACGACUGAUCAUGAUACCGACACGAGUAGCAAAGAUGUAGUCAGUCCGAUGGAGGUGGAUGUUAGUAGAGUGAAGAAGGAAUUUGGUUUUGAUUUGGAUACACGCCCGGGUAUUAGAGAGGAAACUUGCAGAUUUUUGGCUCAGAAAUACAAGCUGAAAGAUGAUUGUGUUGUCCAAGUGAGAGAUGCAUCCAACCAAAAAGAAUUAAUCAUCAUAUAUGACCCGUCCUGUAAUUCAGAGAGAAAACUGAAGGAGUUUGGACACGAUGUAAUUAUUCGUAAUCCAAAGGAUGUCAGCACUGAAUGUGCCUUGCUUUCCAGCAUCUGCAAAAAUAACCAGUAUUCGAUCAGACGCGAGGAAAAACAAAAACUAAAACUUGCAUUAAAUCAUGCAAAUUCUCUGUUUGCUUCUCACUCGAAUCUAAAUAUCAUAACGACUUCUCCUGUCAAGUCUAAAAACAAAGGAGCUGACAUCAUUGAAUGUCCUUGUAUUAUCUUGGUCUGCAGCUCGAAAGGUUAUAUACCGAAGGGGGAGUCCAAGUUCCCUGAAGAGCUGAUAUGUGAAAAUACGUCAUUCGUGGUAGAUGUUAGGGAAGGAUACUUUCAGUUUGGUCCUGCUUCCUAUUCCACAUUCAACAGCUCCCUUUUCCAUCAAAAUAUCAAAAUGGGUUGUAGUUUUGGUAUUGAAGGCACGCACAAUGCAGGAACUGUUGGUCCAUUUGUUGAUUUUCAAGGACAUCAACUGUUUCUGACAUGUGCCCAUAUCGUGAAUGGUGUCGAUCCAAACGGAUAUGAUCUGAAAAACAUUCAGAACAUGUUUGUUGAACAGCCGGAUGCUAUGACAUUCCAAAAUCCCCAGACCGCAGGUUCUGUCACAAGACGUUGCGGCGAAGUCCGGCGAGCUGUAUUGUCACCCAACAGCAACCGUUGCAGUAUAGACGCUGCGGUUGUCGAAAUUACAGAGCAAUCAAGAAAACCAAGUAGGGGUGAAUUCGCUAUUGACAGCGAAAUGAAUUUUAAAAAAGCAGGGUUUGAUGACCUCCCCCGCUUUGAAUCUGGAGACAUUCACGAUGAUCCUGAUACAUUGGACAAUGACUUGCGAAUUGUAAAAUUUGGAGCUAGUACGCAUGCAUCACGCGGGAUAAUCAGCAGCUAUGGAAUAUCCUCCCGACUCCUGACAACUGAUUUAGGGCUUCAAGGUCAACCGAACAUGUGUGUGAUGAAAAAUCAAAUGGAAUUGUUGGGUUUGCAAGGUCAACCACAACCGAUCUUCUUACCUGGCGAUUCUGGAUCAGGUGUGUUUGUGGUGAACAAGUUACCAACAGGAGAGCAGACGCUGACUUGUAUUGGUCUGGCAAUCGGCUGUACAUCGUACGGUUCCGCCAUUGUCACGCCCAUUGCCGCCGUAUUAGAUGCGUUAGGCUUACCGAGAAAACUGAAACAAUUUCCUUAG